CUAGUGGCUAAUGUGAUCCACCUCUUUCAGAGAAUAAAGCCGCCGGUGUCCAGAAUAAAAGUAAAUAAAUCCUUUCAUUCCAGUAGGCUAAUCAAAACUAGCAGAUUUUGAAACGUACCUUAAAAUAGAAAGUAAUUUCUAAUCUGUAUUACUAAAAUAUAAAUAUUCCAAAACUGCUUGAUAUUUUAUGUUGAAGUUAUUGGGAUGAAAUAAACAUUAUCGACACUUUAAAAAAGUGAAAAAUUAUAUGUGUUAAAAAAAUUGACUGAUAAAGAUAAAGAUACAAGCAGCGUGUGGACUACAAAAGUGAGUCAGGUAUUCCAGUGUUAUCACCUGGCACGACUUGUUGCCUUGCAGUUUUCACUUUUCAACACUAGAGUGGGAUAUUUCAAUACAACAUUGAGCUGCUGCGUGUGCUAACGCACCGCUGGACUACUGCUGUUUGACACAAACCACAAGAGUAACUUACCAAAGGGCGUUCUAGUGUGCAUUUAUUUGUACUGAGUGGAUCGAGAAUGCAGUGUUUUUCAAAAGAAAAGCUUACGUUUGGUCGAAUUUUACAUUCGAAACAUUUCUAUAAUUGAAAUAAUAGGCUAUAAGAAACUGUAUGAGUGUAAAAAAAAGUUUAAGAAAGUGCGAUUGACAUGAGAUGUUAAGUUGUAUUUUUAAAUGAACCCUUAUCAGUUAUAACCACAGUAAGAGAGUAUAUGUUUUAUGACUGCCUGAGUUGCAGCCUGUCCCUGGUCCUUCAAUCUGAAAACAAUUUAUGACUCUCCACCCCUCCCAUCACGCCUGCUCCAUCCCUACACACACAAACACACACACAAACACACACACACACACACCUUAGUUCUGCUCAUGUCACCCGUCUUUACUCAAGUUGCGCUCUUUCGGAUUUAUUCUGCUCUACACGCGGACAUCAUGCAGCUGAAGUCAGAAGCUUUUCAGGACUUUCUUCACAGGUUUUGAUCCAAACAUAUUUGACAUGUGGGAGUUCCCGAGGACUCGUUACGCGGACAGUAACGGCUCCGGGGCGAGUGAGGAGACGGAGAUUGCUGUGAAUAUCGGUGGUGUCAAGCACAUUCUCCACGGGGACGUGCUGAACCGAUAUCCCGAGACGCGUUUGGCGGAGCUGGUGAACCGAGCAACGGAUUCCACACAUGAAGAUCUCUGCGCGCUCUGUGAUGACUAUGACGACUUAAAGAGAGAGUUUUACUUCGACAGAGACCCAGAGGCCUUCAAAUGCAUUCUAGAGCUAUAUUACUACGGAGAGAUUCAUAUAAAGCGAGGAAUCUGUCCCAUGCGCUUCAUGAGAGAGAUGGACUACUGGGAGAUAGACGAGGAGUAUCUAGAUGAAUGCUGUAUAAGCAGUUUAAAUGAGGUGCAAACCGAGCUGGCAGAAAUAGCAGAGAAGGUCAAGACCAUCCUGGACGACCUGGAGGAUGAUGUGAGGGUCACUAGAGGUCAGAAGUGUCAAGCGCUCCUGUGGAAACUCAUGGAGAAACCAGAGUCAUCUUUAGCCUCGCGCGUAAUCGCAGUGGUGUCGUUCGCGUUGAUCCUGCUCUCUUCUGUGGUCAUGUGCGUGGGAACCAUCCCGGAGCUGCAAGUGCAAGAUGCCCAGGGCAACCUCGUGGAACACCCGACCCUUGAGUCCAUCGAGACGGCUUGUAUCAUCUGGUUCACAGUGGAAUACAUUUUGCGUUUCCUGUCCUCUUCGAACCAGUUGCGCUUUGUGUUUUCCUUCAUGAAUAUAAUAGACUUUCUAGCCAUCAUGCCGUUCUACGUGGUUUUGAUUCUUACGCAUUUGGGCACUGCAAUCAUGGAGCUCGCCAAUGUCCAGCAGGCAGUACAGGCGUUGCGGAUCAUGCGCAUUGCGCGCAUUUUCAAACUCGCGCGCCACUCAGCAGGUCUGCAAACGCUUACAUUCGCACUCAAAAGCAGCUUGAAAGAGCUGGGUCUGUUACUGAUGUACAUGAGCGUGGGGAUUUUCCUGUUUUCCGCGCUGGGGUAUACAUUGGAGCAGAAUCACCCGGAGACCAUGUUCACCAGCAUCCCACAGUCCUUCUGGUGGGCUAUCAUUACCAUGACCACUGUGGGUUAUGGAGACAUCUAUCCUAAAACAACACUGGGCAGGUGUAACGCGGCGGUCAGUUUUCUAUGUGGUGUAAUAGCUAUAGCGUUGCCAAUCCACCCGAUUAUAAACAACUUCGUCAUUGUUUACAGUAAGCAACGUGUGCUAGAAACCGCUGCCAAACAUGAGAUCGAACUCAUGGCGUUACGCGCGCAGGAGGAAGCGCAGGAGUGUCCGGAGGCUGGAAGAACAGCUUCGGAUGGCAGCAGCUCGGUGUGGGAUAGCGCUGCUGUGAGCGCGACCAAGAGUGACACAUAUAUCCCGUUACUUGGUGAUCAGACAAAUGUGUCCAAAGGCUCACCUGCCCACAAAUGCUCGAAUAACUACUGUACAGAGUGAUUUGCGCUUGUCCUCAAUACUUCAGAAUAAUAAACUAACUCGGAAACAGAAAGAAUCAAUAUGAACAGCACACUGUGAUUACAGUAUGGAAAUCUAUCUAUCUAUCUAUCUAUCUAUCUA